GUCACCAGGCAUCAGGUCAUUUGGCUCGCCAGCGGGCACCGCGUCAUCUGGCAAGGCAGUGGGCACCGAGUCACCAGGCACGACAGUGGGCACUGGGUCAGACAUUGGAUCGUCUGGCCCGACAGCGGGCAUCGGGUCACCAGGCAUGACAGCGGGCACUGGGUCAUCAGGCAUUGGAUCGUCUGGCUCGACAGCGGGCAUCGGGUCACCAGGUAUGACAGUGGGCUCCGAGUCACCAGGCAUUGGAUCGUUUGGCUCGACAGCGGGCAUCGGGUCACCAGGCAUGACAGCGGGCACUGGGUCAUCAGGCAUUGGAUCGUCUGGCUCGACAGCGGGCAUCGGGUCACCAGGUAUGACCGCGGGCACUGGGUCAUCAGGCAUUGGAUCGUCUGGCUCGACAGCGGGCACUGGGUCAUCAGGCGUGAUAGGAUCAUCAGGCUGGAUCAGUUCAUCAGG